UCGAGGGAGGAUUCUGGGGACACCCAAAGGGUUCUGAGGGCAGAGGAGGAAUCACGGAUCAGUCUGCUGAAGGGACAAUAGAGAUUUCAGCUCGUUCAGCCUCCAGGCUGGUAGCCGCACUACCCAGGAGCCGGCCCGCCCUGCAUGAGAAGAGACACUGGCGCUUUAUCCCCGGGGUGUCGGCCAUGUUGGGAAUAGGAGGAAGGCCCCAUAUUUCCUCUAUAUUUGCCUGCUGCUUAUUCUUUGUAUUUGGGUACAUCUAUAGGGGUCUGUGGACCAACCCUUUGGAGAUGUUUUCUCCUCCGGCCCCCAAAGGGUAUUUUUGGGUCCAAAGCAAUCAGGUUUCUUCUACAGAACUGGAGAAAGAACCUCAGACCCCAAACACCACCCAAGGCACUGGAUCUUCUUAUCCCACCGCAGCGGAGCAAGAAGUUCAGACCCUGAUGAAGGUGAUUGAGUGGCCGGCGCCUCCGGGCCCCACAGAGUAUAAAUUCUCCACCAGUCCAUUGACCACAGAGUUCCAGCUGUUGUUCCCACGUGGCGCCUAUUAUGUUGGAGAAUAUGUAGAAGUUCUCAUCACAGCGCGGGACCACGGGGGCCGACCAAAAGCCUACGGAGGGGAUUACUUUCAGGCCAAACUGCACUCCCCAACGCUGAAAGCAGGAGUAACCGGCUCAGUCACAGACCAUAGGAACGGCACCUACACGGCCUCCUUCCUGCUGCUCUGGCCGGGGCAAGUGGAGAUCUCCAUAAGGCUUGUCCAUUCCUGUGAGGCCAUAGCCGUCCAUAGAAACAUGAGAAAAACACAUCUUGAUAAGAUCUCGUUCUUUGGGACUAUUGGUGAAACUACAGAAUCAAUGGAGUGUCACGAGUGGCCCCAGGCUGGACCCAACGUGUGUAAAUUCCAUGACCCAGACAGUGGGGAGAGAUGGUACUGCAAGCGUCAGACCCAAAAUCCCUGCAACGGGUUCAAAGGGGGGUUACGAGGAUCCAGUAACCACACCCUCAGUGCGGAGGAAGAACGGCUCAUACAUACGUCUGUAAAGGAGAAACUUAUUCAAUCCAAAGUUGACCCAUUCCAAGUCCUGCCUUCAGACAACAGAACAGAUAAUAGAAGCGUUUGUUCUCCUGGCCUUCCGAUCCUGGACCCUUCUGGGUUCUAUUACCAGGACUUCUGGGAGUCCCGCGCCUGCAAGAACCGAGCUUUCCCCAGUCCAUCUGCGGUUACACAGUGCCUGGCUGGCAAGGCCCUCUACUUGUUUGGAGACUCAACAACUCAUCAGUGGUGGGAAUAUCUGAAUGAGUACAUACCAUCUCUUGUGGAAAUAAACCUCUCUGUGCAGCUCCCAGGGGUCCUGGCGGGGCCACGUGUGGCUGUAGACACAGAGCACAAGUUUAUGGUGCAGUGGCAAGGGCAUCUGACGGCACUAACCUUGGCAACUGGUGAUGAACAACACCUCCCUUUUGUAGCAAAUGAAUUGGACCGGUUGAGUGGGGAAAGGCUGGUGGUUGUCAUAAACUGCUUGGCCCAUACUGUCUUAAACCCAUUGAAAGUCUAUGUACACAGGCUCCGCAACAUUCGCAACUCUGUCCUCCGGCUAAUGAAGCGCAGCCCGUUAACCAAGGUCUUCAUCAAGUCUGGUAACACGGGAUACAAGUACACCUACGGCAGUGAUUGGCUGUCCCUUCAGUUUGACCUGGUAAUGAGGGCCAUGUUCUCCGGGCUGCCUGUUACUAUACUGGACAACUGGCAAAUGACCACCUGCCAUUACCUACCCCAAGACCUCCAUCCUGGCCCAGUUAUUGUCAAGAAUGAGAUUGACUUAUUGUUGUCCUUUCUCUGCCCAACAUGAGACACAAGGCGAGUCACAAUCUGGCCACCAUCGAAUUAUCCAUGAAUUCUACUAAAGACCAUCUCAUUCUUCCAUUAAAGUGACCAGUUUCCUUCAGCAAAUGAGCACAUUGCCGAGCAAUGGAGCAAGUUGGCAACUGAAAUAUUGCCCAGAGCCCAGAAAGUGUAGCCCGAGGCCUGAGGGUCUUUCUCAUUGUAUAUUCCCACUGGGUGGCAUUCUUGUAGCACCAAUAGGAUUCAUCUGUUACUGAUCCUUUACAGAGAGACAACAAUUAACCUGAUGUGCAAAUAUAUAGUGAGUAAUGUGCCCCCUGUUGUAAAAUAUAGGGAUAUUAUAAGCCCUGAGGAGUUCCUUAUAA